GCUCUCUCUCUCUCUCCUCCCACGACGACGACGAAGAGGACGAAGAGCUCCGAGUCCUCUCUCUCUCUAGAGAUCCACCGUUGGAUUCGAAUCGGACGGCGCAGAGGAGCUUUGGGAUCUCACCUUCUUGAGCUUCUCUUUGAUCCGAUCCACGGUAGUUUCCUUUAAAGUCGGCGACGACUCAUGGCGGCGACGCCGAUUUCUGGAGCCGGCGCCGAGUACCUCAAGCUCGUGCGCGACACAUUCCCACCUGGCAAGUUCAUGGAUUUCUGCGCAAUAUUCUACUCCCGCAUGAUCAAAAGGAUAAGCCUAAGGGGGCUGGCACUGAGGAUGCAGGUGCUGCUCCAAGGGCACAAAGAGCUGCGCCUGGGUCUCAACCACACAUACCUGCUUCAGGGGUAUGAGCUUAACAUUGAAGACGAGGAGAAGCUCCCUCGCACAGUCGCAGAAGCGGAAGCUCUCCUCCAAAAGAUAAAGGAUCGUUUGGAAGAGUCUCGAUACGGACGGUUUUCGCGGGCUCUUGAACAAUUUGCUACGUUUCCGAAGCCGCCCAUCAUUCGCAUUUUCAGAUUGUUUUCAUUGAGCCUUAUGGCGCACGAUGAUUUGUUCGAGGAAUUUACAAAAUUCUUGCCCCCCGACAUGUUGGCGAUCCGAGACGAUGUUCCUUCUUUUCCCGAGAGGGUUAGAACGACCGGCGGUGGUGGCGACGGUAGCGAUAGUACCUGCGGCAUAUCCGAGUACGUCGAGCUCUUGCGCGACACACUCCCACAUGGCAAGUUCAAGGAUUUCUGCGCUGUACUCGAGUCCUACCGGGACCACAGGUUAAGCUCAAGGGGGCUGCUACUGAGGGUGCAGGUGCUGCUCCAAGGGCACAAAGAGCUGCGCCUGGGUCUCAACGCAAACCUGCCUCAGGGAUAUGAGGUCGACGUUGAAGACAAGGAGAAGCUCCCUCGCACACUCGCAGAAGCGCAAGCUCUCCUCCAAAAGAUAAAGGAUCGUUUCCCAGAGUCUCGAUACACAUCGUUUUCGAGGAAUCUAGAACAACUUGGGACGUUCCCGAAGCCACCCAUCAUUGGCAUUUUCAGAUUGUUUUCAUGGAACCUUACUGAGCACGACGAUUUGUUCGAGGAAUUUACAAAAUUCUUGCCCCCUGAUACGUUGGCAAUCCGAGAUGAUGUUCCUUCCUUUCCCGAGAGGGUCAGGACGACCCGCGGCGGUGGUGCCGGACCUAGAGAAAUUAUGUCAGCGAUGAACAAGCGAGACAAUUUCCAGAGCCACGUCGUCGACGCUAGCGAUAGUAGCGACGGCAGCAGUGGCUGAAGCUCGGAAGUUUUCUCACGAAAGAGACAGAGAGUUAAAGAGGAAAAGAGUGGAUGAGAGAUAUAUAAGGAGGGUUCAAAAGGGGCUGUGAAUAAUACUUGGAUUUGAUAGGUGGGGUUUAGAAUUUUGGAUUAAUUGUACAGUUGUGUCCCUUUAAAGUGUAUAAUCACAAAAUAGUCAGGUUGAACCUCUCUCUCUCUCUCUCUCUCUCUCUCUCUAGAGAUCCACCGUCGGAUCGGAAUCGGACGGUUUUAAUUGAAGAGAGGUUUAAAUCUGCAGCUUAAAAGGGAGUUCUUCAGGU